AUGUCUGAUAACAAGUCCACUCCUGCCAAGAAGGGCGACCUCACUGCCCGCGAGAUCGAAGUUCUUGCUGCUGCCUGGCAGUGCAUGGACGGCGAGCCCAAAAUCGACAUGGAGAAGCUCGCUGGUCUGACUGGCUACACCAAUCCCCGAAGCUGUGGCAACAUCAUGGCCGUAAUCAAGAAGAAGCUCGCCGCUCUCUCCAAGCAGUCAGACGCUGGUGGUAGCGACGAAGCUGCCACUCCCAGCAAGCAGACCCCCGCCAAGAAGGCCACACCCGCCAAGAAGGCCGCUGCCAGCAGCGCUCGCAAGCGCAAGACCAAGACCCCCAGUGAGGACGACCUCAAAACUGGUGAGGAGGAGGAGAAGGAGGAGGAGGCUGCUAGUCCUUCGUCGGCCAAGAAGCGCACCACUGGUGGCGGCCGCAAGAAGAAGUGCCCGGCCAUGGUCCCGAAGGAGGUUCCGAACACGGAAGCUGCGGAUGAUGAGGGUGCCGAGACCCUCAGCGUUGGCGAGACUACGAAGGAUGCUGCAGUCAAAGGUGGAGGCUCUGAGGUCCAGGACGCUGCUGUGAAUGCAGAGAUCGAGCAUGCUAUGGAUGCUGGUAAGGCUUAA